UUUUUUUUUUCACUACCGUCGCAACAGUAGGACAGUAGUUAUUAACCCUUUAAGCGCCAACGUUCUCAUUUUGGGAACAUGGGAGUAAAUAUUCACCAAAAGAAACCUAAUUAUUUCAUUGCUCUCAAUGAGCACUAAAAUGGUUUGGCUGAUGUUGAUUAUGUAAUAUAUAUGGUUGUACUGUAUGCAAUCAAGAAAUUAAUCUAUUUUUUUAAUAUUUCAAAAUUGCCAUUUUUAGUUAUCUUGAGUGUUUUUCUCCUGAAUUUCAUCAUUGCUCAGAUUUCCCGUCCAAUGAUUGCAAUACAUUGUUUCAUCUUUCGUCAGACACUAAUUUUUUAGAUGAGACAAUCAGAAUGAUGAAAUUAUUUCUGGUUUGCGAUUCAUAAGAAGAAAAUUUAUAUGUUCCCAAAAUGGGAACGUUGGCAUGUUGUCUUAUGUAAAUCUAUGUGCUUCUAAGAGGUAACGUGUGAAGACUGAGACACGUUGGAUCCUGCAGUAGCCUAAUACAACCGUGCAAUAUAUAAGGCCACUGUCCCUGUCCCUGCUAUCAUUCGGUGCUCACUCAUCCUCAAGCAUGGGUGUGUCUUUUUACAGCCCUGGUAGACAACUGACUCGAUUCACACAUCUUGAAGUGGCAAACGAUGUGGUUGAGAAAAGCAGAAGUCAGAAAAUUGACGUGGUGUUGCUGCCUCCUGCUGCUGGAUGUCGGGGUAUUGAGAGUGAUGAAGAGGAUGACGAUGAUAUUUUAGACAAGGAUUGGAUUCCAAAUGAAGUUAGUGGUGAGGUAGAAGUUCACGAGGAGGAAGAAGAGGAUGAUGUUGCUGAGGAAGAUGUUGCCAAGGAGAGUGAGAAUGAGGAAAAUCGGCGAUGGAGGAAAACAGAAAGGUUACCACUACAAGCACACUGCAUGCCGCAGAAGGUGGGAGAAGAUCAUUUUGGCAAGGAACCUUAUGAAAUAUUCAACUUGUUCUUUGGGCCUGAAAUUAUCCAACACAUUACUGAACAAACAAAUUUGUAUGCCGUUAGAGACAAGAAUGCAUCAAACUUUCAUGUCACUGAGGAAGAAAUACGUAAAUUCCUAGGCCUAUUGCUUAUAAGUGGAUACCACAGUCUGCCAUCUGAAAAUGAUUAUUGGUCCACAAGUGAAGAUUUGGUAGCACCUGUAUUUGCCAAAACAAUGAGCAGGGACAGAUUCCGUACCAUCAAAAGGUACCUGCACCUUGCUGAUAACUCAAAUCUAGCAGGCUCAAAGAUGGCCAAGGUCUUGCCCUUACUUGAAAUGAUAAGAAGUAACUGCCAAAAGUUUGGUGUUUUUCAUGAACUACUAAGCAUUGAUGAAUCUAUGAUUCCGUAUCAUGGUCAUCACUCUGCUAAGCAGUUCAUAAGGAACAAACCAAUAAGAUUUGGCUAUAAAAUGUGGAUGCUAUGUGGAGUAGAUGGAUAUCCAUACAAUUUUUCCAUCUAUUGUGGCAAAGAGGGUGACUCGAAGACUCGACAACUGGGGUCACAUGUCGUGAUGUCAAUGUUGCAGCCAGUUGAAAGUCCUGACCACCAUGUAGUGUUCUUUGACAAUUUCUUCACAAGCCAUGGAUUACUGACAGAACUCACUGCAAAAGGGUUUCGAGCCUGUGGAACUGUUCGAGAUAACAGAACAGGCAAGUGUCCUCUCCCCCUCAAAGAAAGAAGUUGA